AUGGGUAACGCAAACUCGGGACAAGGGCACUCCCGACAUCACAGCAAGAGCAGAAAAUCAAGGAGUCUACCCACCUCGCCCGAAGUCAGAAGGCAGGUGUCGGUGUUGCAGACGUCGAUCCCCCUGCCAGCGUCGGCGGCGGCGGCUCGCCGUGCCCCGCCAGACAAACGCCCCCUGCCGGCCACGCCGGUACAUGCGGGUAAAAGCGGUUUGUCUGCAAGUUCUAGUCGUUCCACAAGUCCUUUAGGCCAAGGAGCCGUCAGCUUUAUACCACGUGCCCCCGCCUCAUCAUCCGGAUCGCGACCAAAUUCCUCCUUAUUAGCUCCAGGAAGUAAAAUACCUUCACAAUUGUCACAGACACCGCAGCACACACAAGCCUCGCAUAAUGGCACACCUACAAAACAGUCCAUCACUACUGGGCAACAAUCGAACUCAAGCGACGGCAGCGUAAUUUAUCGGCCUUCCAGUGAAUCUGGUUCGGAAAUAUCUAGAACUAACAACAUGACGCCCAGUAAGCGAAUGGAUAUGAAUACCACUUACAUCAAUAACGUUAUAAACGAAGCAGAGUUAUCAGAAAAGGAGGCUGCUCAGAAACGCCACGAUAACUCUGGGCAUAAGCAGUUCUUUGACAAUAAUAAAACUUUAACAGAAUUCAGCAAAAAACAAGAGACUGACAGUAGAUCAAGCACACCGUCUCAUUGUCGGGAUAAUUCGCUGGGGGAAGAUGAAAAUCCAAUGAUGAACGUGAUGCCAAUGCGACCACUUCUGCGCGGCUACAACAGUCACCUAACACUACCCAUGCGCACUUCUGGCCUGGCACAAAAGAACAUACCGGGUUAUCCCCAUCACGCUAACACUGUGAAAGCCAACUUUGGUCGGGACAACGUGGGCUUGCGUGAACGAAUGAAUUACGGGCCAGGGUUUUCCAAUCCCGAUUACUGCGAUCUUGACAUUGCGUCCGGAUAUAUGUCUGACGGGGACUGCUUAAGGAGAAUCAACGUGAACGAAACGGGCUGCGGGCGGAACAACGAUAUGAUGGACGGAUAUAUGUCUGAAGGAGGAGCUUCACUCUAUGGGCGACGCGUUAAUUAUCAGCAAGCUUCUCAAUUUCAACAGCUUGAUGACAGACGAAACGGUCGCAAUAGAGGAAUGGAGGGUGGAAGCGGCGUUGUAUACAGAGUUGUUGGCCGCACGCGUACCAAAGCAGACUGUGGACAGCAAACCGAGCGACAGCCUCCAGUUCCUCGUCAGGAUACCACUUGGAAAAAAUACACAGACUCGCCUGGAGUGGGGGCACCGCCUAUGAACCAGCCCUCUCAAGCGCCGCCGAGUCCGUCCCACGGGCGCAAGAGCGACCGCCGCACCGGCCACCACUCGCCGCAGCACCACAAACGCGAAAAGCUCACCGCCGCCCAGCAACUUGGCAUCGCUCCGCACCCCCAGUAUGCGGCGCCGAAUUCUUCUAGUCAACACUCGUCUAGGAGCGGUGGAGCCCAGAUGCAAUCUCCCUGUGGUGCGUCGUCGCGACCCUCGAGUGUGUCCAGCGGUGGGAAUGGGAGCAGUUGCUCCUCCAGCAAAGCGAAAGUGGCGCAGAACUUUGGCUACGUGAAGAGACAAAAUGGCGGACAGCCUCCGCCACCGCCACCCAACGGUCCACCGCAGCACGGGCAUGGUGGACGAACAGCCCAAGUGUCUGCUGUCCCUAGAACGAAGGUCAAAGUGUCGGGUGGAACGCAAACAUGCACACAAGAUCUACAGAUACAUAAAAAUGGCAUCGGGCCUAAGUCGUACUCGCUGGGUGGUACAGCGGCGGCGCAGCUCUCGGCUUCAGUGCGAGAGCGCCUUCUCGGCUCACAAUCUCUACCGAAGCCCGGAACUCAUGAGUUCGCUGCGCUUUUCCAUCAUCACAGGGUGACCCCACGAGGUGGUAUGAAAAUCAGUGAUGGGAGUCUCUCUGAUACCCAGACGUAUUCCGAAGUGAAGUCAGACUACGGAAUACCAUAUGCGCCAUGGCUUCGACAUAGCAACACAUACUCGGCAAGUGGGCGCCUGUCCGAGGGUGAAUCAAUGGAGUCCCUAACUUCGCUGCACUCGGCGCAGGCGCACAACCACACUUCAUCCCCUAACUCACACCACCGCAGCUCACUCACACACAAUAAGCUCAUCAUGCACCGUGAGGCUCAGGGCUCGAGGCUUAACAGGAGCAACAGCAUUAGAUCUACUAAGUCGGAGAAAUUAUAUCCUUCAAUGCUUCAAAGGUCUUCGGAGAGUGACUAUGAGCCAUAUUACUGUUUACCAGUGCAGUAUGGACCAGGAGGACAAGGUCUAAAUUAUGGUGUGUCGGAACCACCGUCGCCAUCUCCCAGAUCAGCUUUGAGCCCCACGCAUCAGCCAGGCAACGUCAUGCACACUCCCAGACAUUCGCACCACUAUCCGAAGAAAAAUGACGAAGUUCACGGUUCCACCGCAUCUCUGGUGUCGACGGCUUCGUCUUUAGCUGCCGGUGCGGGCUCCGAGGAAAGACAGGCUCACGAGGUGCGCAAGUUAAGAAGAGAACUAGCUGAUGCCAAGGAAAAAGUUCAUACAUUGACAACUCAACUAACAACUAAUAUUCCGGACGGCAUGGUC